UCGCCCAAUUCUUGGCCGGCCACCGCCGCCACCCAUCUCUUCUUCCUCCUCUCCGCGAUUCCGCCGUCUUUCUCCAGCAGUGCUGCCACAGGAGAAUUCGGCCGGCGACGAGGAGGCGCAGGUCGGCGGGGAAGCCUACAGGGGAGCCGCAGCCACGCCGGCGAACAAUCCGCCGUCACCUCCUCCUCCUCUCCGCGAUUCUUUCUCCAGCAGUGCCGCCACACGAGAAGAGCAGGAAGCCUCACAGGGCCGGCGACGCCAGCUCAUUGAGUUUCUCCAUGGAGGCCAACAACAAUAAUAACAGCUGCCAGAGCCAGAGCCAACAACUGGAGGAUGAAGAUAGGCUCAGCAUGCUGACUGAUGAUAUUUUACUGUCUAUCUUGGGGAGAGUCAGUACACGUCUGGCUGCAACGACAUGUGUGCUCUCUACACGGUGGAGGCAUUUGCCUUGGUUGCUGCCUGAAGUAGACAUCGAUGUCAAGGAUUUCCUAUCUGUUACACGCCCUGACCCUGUCGAGGCAAAUGAUAUGGAGAAAGCUAUGGUGUCUUUGACCAAAGCAGCCAGGAGUUUCUUGGCUGAUCAUCAGAGAGGAUCCACCAUCUCAAGUCUGCAUCUUAAGCUCUAUUUAAUCAACACUUUCUUGUGCGAAGUUGGCCCGCUAAUAUGUGACGCAGUCGACAGCCGUUUGCUGAAAGAGUUGGAUCUCUCCGUUCUUGACGAGACGGAUAUUUUGGACUAUUGUGAGGAGGAUAUGCUGCAGCGAGCUCAAGAAAUUGAUGCUUUUUUCAGUGCCUACCCUAGUGUGCCCCACUGCCUCACAAAGCUCACUCUAUAUAAUGUAGGCUUUGACAAAUUGGACAUGCAUCAUGUCUUGUUUGACUGCUGCAACCAACUGAAGCAUCUAAUACUUAUACAUUCUGAUAGUGGUGCCAACUCCCUCUUUAAGAUUGAUGCACCAAACUCAAACCUCUGUGUUCUAAAUAUCUACAAGUGUCGCUUUGAGAUAAUUGAGGUUAUCUGCCUUCCGAAAUUAGAGAAGUUCUUAUGGAGUACUUGGGUAUCUGAGUAUGCCCCAGUAACCUUUGGUUUUGUUCCAUCUCUUGGGGAAUUAGAACUCUCAUGUGGUUCAUCAUAUGAUCAAUGUGAAUUUAAAUUAAGCGAGCUUCUACAUGGAGUAACAGGCCUACAUACUCUCACACUGGAUUUCCAAGGAGAAAAUCUUUGGUUGCAACCUGAGAUUGAGGGACUCUUCACCGCUUUCAACAAGCUAAGGAAGCUGUCAAUACGUGGUAUCUUUGUUGAAUUUGACAUUUUAUGGACGAUGGCCUUUCUUGUCGCAGCACCAUCUAUCGAAAUAUUACAUAUCGAGGUAUGGGAACAUUCAUGCGAUAUAGGCGAUACCAGACUCGACUCCUACCCAGAGAGAAGGACACCUCAGUGGGAAAUGCGACUCGGCGGCUCCGAGAACAGGCUUCUGAAGAAUCUGGAAUUCACUGGCUUUAAAUCACUAGAGCAGCAGUUUACAUUCAUAAGAUGUGUGUUGGAGCGAUCUCCCAACAUGCAGAAGAUAGUUUUGAGAGGAGAUGAGCAAUGCAAGUACUGUGACGCCCUUGAGGAAUCACCUCGUCCUUCGAAAUUUCCAAAGAAUAAAGUUGAGCAAGAAAUGGUGGUUAAGCAAAUUAGACAUGGCACAUUCUCGCCAGAGAUAAUUUUUAAAGAAUGACAUGUGCUGUAAUAAUAUACUAGUACCUCCGUUCCAAAUUGUAAGAUGUUUUGGUAUGCUAA